AAACCUGUGUGUCCUUUGUGCCUUUUACCAAACCAACCCAACUUACCUCCCUAAAACAAAUCAAAACAUAACCCCCUCAAAAAGAAAAGAAAAACAGAAAAAAGGGAAAAAAGGGAAAAAGAAGCGAAGAAAGUGUUGAUCUUAAGAACCGUCGACCCUCCAAGGCUCAUAUCGCCCAAAGAAGAAACAGGAACAACAAAAACAGCUAGCUCUACCUGCCAGGUGUGUUCCCCGAGUGAGUCAUGAUCACAAUGUCUUCCAAAAAGGUGUUCGCGGCAUGUUCGUAUAGAACAGGAAUGGCAAUUAGCCGUCUAGAAGAGAAAAUAUGCAGUGUCGAGAAAACCGAGGACGACGGUGACGCCGGUUUGAGUCUCAUAGAUUGCCUGAGAGGAAGAUUGCUGGCAGAGAGACAAGCCUCUAGAGCUGCUAAAGAAGAUGCAGAGUUCAUGGUUCAAAAGUUGGUAGAGAUGGAGAAGAAGCUGAGAGAGGAGAUCAGAUUGAGGGACAAGGCCGAGAAGAGGCUUAAAUUCCUCAGGGGAAAGCUCGAAACAGUGAACAUCCCAUUUUCACCCACCUCGGAGGAAUCACAAGAAUCUCGCAGAUCACCCAAUACUUCAAGCCCCGAAGACGCACAAUUAGAAAGAGCCAAGACCCAGAUCAUAGUGCAAGAAACUUCCCAGAACUCGAAAAUCGAUUCGUCGAACCGGCCCAAGUCAAGUGAUUACUCUCACACCCAUGAAGCUAAUCUUGAUUGGGAUACUGGUGAUUUUCCAGCUGAAAAAUCUGGCGAGCAAAUCACUGCCGGUGAUGAAGAGUCCAAGAUUGAUGACCCCAGUUCUUCCAUGUUGAAAGCUUCUGUGGCAGAGCCAGAGACACAGAAUGAGAUUGACAAGGAAGCUCACAGCUCACUGGCACUGGUCUCAAUCAAGCUUCCAGCAAAAACUCAGCCCAAAGAGACGAAGAUAACAAGGAAAAUCACAAGCCAAGCCCUCGAUCCUCUGAUCCAUGCCAGAGAAAAGACUCGGAGUUCAAUGGAAAGAAGGCAUAUGGUUAAAGCUCUGAUCUGUUGAUACCUAAUAGCCGACACUAGUGACAUCUUUCUCCUCCUCUGUCCUGCUUUUUUCUUCUUUUUUUGUCCCUUUAAGAGGACCAGUUAGGCAAUAAAUUGUUCCAAAUUGUGCUUGAAACCUGAGAUAUGUAAAAACUGGAGUCAGUUUUUCCGGGACGCAUUGAUUCAGGACCUUAGAUUUUUUUUGCCUUCUUGCAAUCUUGCCGCUCAGUGUAUUUAUGAAGUUUUAUUGAAAGGAGGGAGUCAGUUGCUUCUUGCGACUCAAAACAUGAGCCUAGGAUGAAUCAUUGUACUGCCUUCAUGUGAAUUGACGAGAAAGUUUUAAAUGUGAAA